CAGCCGGGACCCGCAGGUACUCCUCCGCGCAACCGCAGUGGCUCCCCGCGGCCUGAGCUCCCCUCCCCCCCCCCCCCCCCCCCCAAGAUCCCUGUCGCGUUACUAGAUAUUCUGCUGGCCUUGGUGGGGUCUGCACUGGGAGCGAUUGCGCCCAGGCGUUGUCUCCCAGAGGGCACUGGGGAAGGAGGCAUGGCCUCAGGAUUACUGCCAGCCCAGGCUCAGGAGUCUGUGACAUUCAGGGAUGUGGCCCUGUUCUUCAGCCAGGACGAGUGGCUGUGCCUGGACUCUGCACAGAGACAUCUAUACCGGGAGGUGAUGCUGGAGAACUACAGCACCCUGGUCUCUAUAGGGACCUCAAGGGAAGAUCCAGCUUGGCAGUGUGCACAGCCUGUGACAUUCUUCCUGAGAUCACUCCUGACCAUCCUCUAGGAGAGCCCCAUUUGGACCAUCAGAAUAAGCCUUCUUUCUC